AUGGAAAGAACAGAGACUAUAGAUAAUUUCAAAGUUGGAUCUCUGCCGACUUUAAUUUACAUUCCUGACUUCAUUACGGAUAAUGAACAAACCAUGCUUCUAAAUAAGAUAUAUGAAGCCCCUGUAUCGAAGUGGAAAUCUUUAAAGAAUAGGAGGCUACAAAACUGGGGCGGUACUGUCCAUGAAAAGGGUCUUCUACCACAGGAUUUGCCCUCAUGGCUAACCAAGAUUACAUACAAGAUAUAUGAAGAAUCAGGGCUUUUUCCAUUGCCAAUUAAUCAUGUCCUUAUCAAUGAAUACCUUCCUAACCAAGGCAUUAUGGCACACCAGGAUGGGCCUGCGUAUUAUCCAGUUGUAGCAAUCUUGUCCCUCAGGUCACCUGUUGUUAUGGACUUUACUCCCCAUUCAAGACUGACAUUGUGUAGAAGCACAUGCACAAAUGAUGUUGAGGAUACAAAUUCUGAUAGGGGAGUUAUUAAGAUUGAUACAGAUAAGUCAAUGGAUGUACACCAUCCUUUUCCUGUCAUAUUAAUGCCGCGCAGCUUGAUGAUAUUCAAAGAUAAAGCAUACUCGGAUUACUUGCAUGCUAUCAAAGACAGUGAGGUACAAUGUUAUGAUGGGGCUGUAAAUGAAGUAGAAGCUCUACAUGGGCAAGUUAUGGAUCAUGCUUCGUCACAAUUGGAUGGAGCUGUUGAUGUAAUGAAAACUGGGGACCUCAAGAGUUUUAGUCUCUGGCAAGUCUCAUCUAUCUGGAAGCUUUUCACCUUUAAGAGCUUCAGACGAUGA